CCUCCACCGACUUUGUUCGGCACAGGCAAGCAAUUUGAGCAAGAAAGCCAAAGGGCUGGCCGUAAAGGACCCUUUAUCCAGGGUUUAAGUUUUAAGCACUCAAAAUUUUCAGACACAAAUCUAGACCUAAGCAAUCCCAGCUUCAUCUAUUUACAAAUACACAUAAACCAAUGGCUGUAUCAUUCUCUAACCACUCUCUGUUGGCUCCUCUCUUUCUAGUUUCCUUUUCUUCUUUAAAACCCUCAAAAGACACCAAACUACCAUUGGUAUCCCUCCAUUCUCUCUGUCAAAAGCCUCGUUUUCCAAAACCCAUUUCUGGGUUUUCUCCAUCUAACAUUUCCUUCCCUUUGAACAUCAACAAGAAUCCCAGAAGGCCUAUUUUCAAGGCUUUUCUUUCAGCCCAAGAAUCUGCUCACACUGAUGAUGUAAAAAUAUCAGGAGGAGAAAAUUUACCCAGUUUAGAGGCCAUGAUUAGAGUUUACAAGGAAGCUCUUCUCAAUGGAGAUGAUAGGAUUGUAUCUGAGAUAGAGAGUAGAAUAAGCAUUACAGAAAAUGAAAAGAAUGGGUUGGAGAAGAAAGUGUUUGAAUUGUCAGCAGAGAUAACCUCCGGGAAAGAGAAGUAUAUCCGUCUGCAAGCUGAUUUUGAUAAUUUUCGGAAAAGAUCAGAGAAGGAGAGACUUACGACAAGGUCUGAUGCCCAAGGAGAAGUGAUAGAGAAUCUUUUGCCCAUGGUGGACAGUUUUGAGACAGCCAAGCAACAAAUAAAACCAGAAACAGAGAAGGAAAAGAAAAUAGAUACAAGUUAUCAGGGUAUAUACAAGCAAUUUGUGGAGAUCAUGAGGAAUUUGCAAGUGGCUGUUGUAUCAACUAUUGGAAAGCCUUUUGAUCCUUCUCAACAUGAAGCUAUAGCCCGUGAGGAGUCCCAAGAGUUCAAGGAAGGAAUUAUCAUCCAAGAAAUUCGUCGUGGAUUUCUCCUUGGGGAUCGGCUUCUCAGACCAGCAAUGGUUAAAGUUUCUUCAGGGCCAGGCCGUAAGAAAGCAACUGUCGCCACUGAAAAAUCUUCUACGCAACCAGCAACAACUGGAGUGGAUGAGCAAUGAUUUUGUUUCACAAGAUCAGUAAUCUAAAUGGGGAUAACUAAUAUUUUGGCACUCUGACCAUCUCAUCAGCUUUUGUGAAGGCUUUUGCUGUUGAAUUUCCUUCCCUAUUUUUGCUUUUGAAAUGUAACCCCUUAGGUGUCAAAUUCAGUUUUCAUGGGCCACAUUAUGUUACUUUCA